CGAGGCUGGCCGAGCGCGCAGACGCACCGCGGCGGCAAGACUGCUGAAAGCUGGGAGCUGACUGCGGCGCUCUUGGAGACCAUGGGGCGCGUCGCCACAGAGCGGUUCUCAUCGCUGUUGGGGUUAUGGCUGUUGCUGUGCAGCUGGGGGUGCCCUGGGAACGCCGAACUGCGGGCCCCACCGGAUAAGAUCGCCAUCAUUGGAGGAGGGAUCGGUGGCACUUCAGCAGCCUAUUAUCUGCGGCAGAAGUUUGGGAAAGAUUUGAAGCUGGACCUGUUUGAAAGAGGAGAGGUGGGGGGCCGGCUGGCCACCAUGAGCGUGGAAAAUCAAGAGUACGAGGCGGGAGGUUCUGUCAUCCAUCCGUUAAAUCUACACAUGAAGCGUUUUGUCAAAGACCUGGGUCUUUCUGCCAUUCCUGUGUCUGGUGGCCUCGUGGGUGUGUAUGAUGGAGACACUCUGGUUUUUGAGGAGAGCAGCUGGUUUAUUGUUAACAUGCUGAAGCUCAUUUGGCGCUACGGAUUUCAGCCCCUCCGAAUGCACAUGUGGGUGGAAGACAUGCUGGACAAAUUCAUGAGGAUCUACCGCUACCAGUCUCAUGACUACGCCUUUAGUUCUGUGGAAAAACUGCUACAUGGUCUAGGAGGGGAUGACUUCGUUGGAACGAUUAACCGAACGCUUCUCGAAAGCUUGCAGAAGGCAGGUUUCUCUGAGAAAUUCCUUAAUGAAAUGGUUGCUCCUGUCAUGAGGACCAAUUACGGCCAGAGCUUGGGCAUCAAUACUUUUGUGGGGGCGGUAUCAAUGGCUUGUACUGAUUCUGGCCUUUGGGCAGUAGAAGGUGGCAAUAAACUAGUUUGUUCAAGGCUCCUCCAGGCUUCCAAAAGCAAUCUUAUUUCUGGCUCAGUAGUGUCGAUAGAGGAGAAAACAAGGACUAAGCAGACAGGAAGUUCCACGAAGGUGUACGAAGUGGUCUACCAAACUGGAUCUGAGACUCAUUCAGACUUCUAUGACAUCAUCUUGAUAGCUACUCCACUGAAUCAAAAAAUGGCCAAUAUAACUUUUCUAAACUUCGAUCCUCCAAUUGAAGAAUUCCAUGGGUCCUUUCAACAGGUCGUGACAACUUUAAUUAAGGGGGAAUUGAAUUCGACUGUCUUUAGCUCUAGAGGCAUAGAUAAAUUUGGUCUUUCUACAGUUUUAACCACUGAUAAUUCAGAUUUGUUCAUUAGCAGUAUUGGGAUUACAUCGUCUGUAAGAGACAAGGAUGGUCCUCAACCAUCAACGGAUGGGACACAAGUUUGGAAGAUCUUUUCCCAAGAAACUCUUACUAAAGCACAAAUUUCAAAGCUGUUUUUGUCCUACGAUUAUGCUGUGACGAGGUCCUGGUUUGCAAGUCCUCAGUAUAAGCCCCCCAAUAAAUGCCCCUCCAUCAUACUCCACGACAGACUCUAUUACCUCAAUGGCAUAGAGUUUGCGGCCAGUGCCAUGGAGAUGAGUGCCAUUGCCGCCAACAAUGCCGCCCUCCUUGCCUAUCACCGCUGGAAUGGGCAUGCAGACAUGAUUGACCAAGAAGGCCUGUAUGAGAAACUUAAGACAGAGCUAUGAAGUGACACACACCCCCUCCCAGGUCCAAAUAGCUAUCAUCGGCAAAAAAAGAAUGGACCCGAGUUUGUCAAUUAUUUAGCAGCUCCUGAGAAAAUAUGAGAUUCUAAUUUAAAUUUGAAGAUAAAAGUACUGCACUUAGUGCCAUCUCCAAAAUUGCCUUUUUUUCCACUGUUAGCAGUAUUUACUAAGUGUGUCUGCCUGGAGGAAUCACCAGUAAUUUCUUCAAUAGAUGAAUGCUCAAGCUCCCUGCUUGGAGAUUCUGAUUCAGUCCCUCUGGGACUGGGGCCCUGGAUUUUGAUCAGAACCAGAGUAAGCUGAGCACUUCAAGGACCUGCACCCAUCUUCCAGACUCCUUCGUUUGCACUGCACAGAUGAUGUAAUCUUCAGUCACAUGAAACUGCUGUCUCAAACCUGGCUUUGUUAACUUUCUGUGCCCAUGCCUAAAGUUCUGACAUUCAUAAAAAAAUUUUGACUGUGAGCUGAAACUCAAAUGUUUCAGUAACAUAACCUUAAGGUGUCAUACAAAAAUCUCAAAUAAGGUGAAAAGUACAGGGCCAUUGAAUAAAAAAUUGACAUUCUAUUAUUAAAUUUCUACUUGAAUAUACUGAUAAACACAACCAUGGGUUGUGAUUUAAUAGAUUGAGGAUUUGAAUGUGGUAGGAUUUUUGUUCCUAAAGCGCAGUCAGGGUUGAGAGCAUUUAUGUGGGAGUUAAAACAUCUACAAAAGGGUUUUUAAUGCCUUUAGUGCUAAGACAUCCAAUGCACAAAGGAGAUUCAUUCACAGGGAGUGAUUUCUCUCCAUGAGAACUGUAGCAGGAGUAACCUUGGCAGCAAGAAUCGGCGAGUCUACCACCAGAGGCACGUUAGAUAACUACAGAAUGGUUGGCAUUACUGCAGUAUAUUCAGAAUAUUGAAUUUCUCAGUCUAAGUUGUGGUCAAAAUUUAAAUGCCUCAAAGUUCUUAUUAGUUUUCUGGGUAGAAAUUGGGUGCUGAAAUCUAAAGGCAAUCGCUUCUCGGCCUUUUGGCUAAGAUCAAGUGAAAGGCGGUGGCUCUCAACCUUGAGUGCAGAUUGGAAUCACCUGUAGGGCUUUAAGUUUUCCAGGUGACUCUAAAAUGCAAAUUUGAGAACCAGUU